AUGUCGUUUGAUGAACUACACAAGAACAUUGCUGAAACUUUGUCAAAGGAAGUCGACAGCAUCUGUCAACAGUUCACAGUUACUGAAACCAAGAUGCAGGAAUUGACCGAUUACUUCAUCGAAUCGAUGAAUAGUGGUUUGGAACCUUUACCUGAAGGUGAAACUGAAGGUACUCAAUCUUCAAGAUUGCCAAUGAUCCCUUCUUAUGUUACCGGUAAGCCAAAUGGUACUGAAAAGGGUUUAUUCCUAGCUGCUGAUUUGGGUGGUACCAACUUCAGAGUCUGUUCAGUGGUAUUAAAUGGUGACCAAACCUUUACUUUGAAAAAUAUGAAGAAUAAGAUUCCUGAAUAUUUGCUAGAUGAUGAAAACGUUAGCUCUGAAGAACUGUUUGCCUACUUGGCAAAACGUACUGGUGUCUUCUUGAAAAGAUACUAUCCAACGAUCUUCAGUAACCCAGACGGUGAAGAGGAAUUAAAAAUGGGGUUCACUUUCUCGUAUCCUGUCAACCAAACUUCUCUAUGCAGUGGUACUUUGAUUAGAUGGACCAAAGGUUUUAACAUUAGCGACACUAUAGGCAAAGAUGUCGUCCAAUUGUUCCAAGAGCAAUUGGAAAAAGAAGGUCUAAAAAGAAUUAAGAUUGUGGCUUUAACCAACGAUACAGUAGGUACUUUCCUAUCUCAUUGCUAUGGUUCAGGUUCUUCAAAUUCAUUGGCUUCUGGUGACGUCUCUGAACCUGUCAUUGGCUGUAUCUUUGGUACUGGUACAAACGGUUGUUAUAUGGAAGAAAUCGAAAACAUUAAGAAAUUACCUCAGGAUGUAAGAGAGAAAUUGAUUGCAAGUGGUAAAACUCACAUGAUUAUCAACACUGAAUGGGGUUCCUUCGACAAUGAAUGUAGACAUUUGCCAACCACCCAAUAUGAUAUUGACAUUGAUCAAAAAUUCUCUACUAAUCCAGGCUUCCACUUAUUCGAGAAACGUAUUUCAGGUAUGUACCUGGGUGAAAUCUUAAGAAAUAUCAUCGUUGAUCUUCACAAACGUGGUUUGAUCUUAAACCAAUAUCGUAGUUAUAACCAACUACCUCAUAGAUUGAAAACUCCUUUCGAAUUGUCAAGUGAAGUUUUGUCUCACAUUGAAAUUGAUGAUUCUACUGGAUUACGUGAAACAGAAUUGUCUCUAUUACAAAGUUUAAGACUACCAACUUCUCCAAUAGAAAGAGAACAAAUCCAAAAAUUGGUUAGAGCCAUCUCUCGUAGAUCUGCUUAUUUGACUGCCAUCCCAAUAGCUGCAAUCUUGAUUAAAACCAAUUCGUUGCACAAGAGAUACCAUGGUGAAGUCGAGGUCGGCUGUGAUGGUUCAGUGGUUGAAUAUUACCCAGGUUUCAGAUCAAUGAUGAGACAUGCAUUGGCAUUGUCGCCAAUUGGACCAGAUGGUGAACGUAAAGUCCAUUUGCGUAUUGCAAAAGACGGUUCAGGUGUCGGUGCAGCAUUGUGUGCCCUAGUCGCCUAA